UCCUCCCUCCUUCUUUCUCCCAUCCAGAUCCCACCUCACGUAGUGUGUUGUUCAUAACACCAAGCAUCAUGUCCAUGACCAGGAUCACAACCAGACCCGGAUAGAAAACAAUAACUACUUCGGGGAAAGUCGCACUUUGGGGGCCGAAAGCGGCGCCAUUUGGAGCCAAACGCUCAGACAGUCUGCAGACAGCUGCUGCUGCUGCUGCUGCUGCACCGGGGGAGCUGGAGGUGCUGCUGGAGCUCCACGCUGUGACUCACCGGUGCACAGAGGUUCACACACACAAGCAGACGCUUUUUUCCUUCUUUAAAAUAAGAGCAAAUCAAAGCUGCAUCUUCACCGGUAAGCGGGGUCACCUUGACUGGGAUCUAUGGGAAGACUGGUGCACAGGUUUUCUCCUCUUCCUCGUGUCGGUGGAGAGGGAGCUCCCAUUCAGGAUUAAUUCUGGUAAUAAGUACACACUUUCCAAAAAACAUUUUAUUUUUUUAUUUUUUUUGGGUGGAGGUGGACUGACUCUGUUCACCUGGACGCUCUUCAGCUCGGGGGCGGGAGGAGGAGAAGAAACGAAAGAAAUAAAGAAAAAAAAAAGUGACCAGGCUUUCUUGACUCUGGCUCAGGGUCUCUGGGAGUGAUGGCGGCGUCUGAACCCUCCUCCUCCUCCUCUUCCUCCGGCGCCGGAGCGGAUCCCAACUCGACAAAUUUACGGCCGCCGGGCUCAAGUUAUGAUGCGUGGUGUGGAGUAGCUCAUGGAUGUACAAGAAAAUUAGGCAUGAAGAUCUGUGGAUUUCUGCAGAAGAACAACAGUCUGGAGGAGAGGAGCAGGAUUGUGAGCUCCCUGAAGGAGCGCACGGCCCAGAACCUGAUGGCCUGCGAUAACGCCGGUGGAGACGCGCGUUUCAGGCGGACAGAGACAGACUUCUCCAACCUGUACGCCAGAGAUCUGUUACCAUCAAAGAACGGAGAAGAGACGACCUUGCAGUUCCUGUUGGAGGUUGUGGAAAUCCUCACCAGCUACGUCAGGAAGACCUUUGACAGAUCCACCAAGGUCCUUGACUUCCACCAUCCCCACCAGCUGCUGGAGGGAAUGGAGGGCUUCAACCUGGAGCUCUCCGACCAGCCCGAGUCUCUGGAGCAGAUCCUGGUGGACUGCAGGGACACCCUGAAAUAUGGAGUGAGAACAGGCCACCCCAGGUUCUUUAACCAGCUGUCCACUGGAUUAGACAUUGUGGGCUUGGCAGGAGAGUGGCUCACCUCCACAGCCAACACUAAUAUGUUCACUUAUGAGAUUGCCCCUGUUUUUGUGCUAAUGGAGCAGCUGACGCUCAAGAAGAUGAGAGAGAUAAUUGGCUGGCCAAACGGAGAGGGAGACGGAAUAUUUUCUCCAGGCGGUGCUAUCUCCAACAUGUACAGCGUGAUGAUUGCCAGAUACAAGUCCUUCCCUGAAGUCAAGACCAAAGGCAUGGCAGCUGCACCCCGACUGGUGCUCUUCACUUCUGAGCAUAGCCACUAUUCAAUCAAGAAAGCAAGUGCAGCUCUGGGCUUUGGAACAGAGAACCUUAUCCUACUAAAGACAGAUGAGAGAGGGAGAGUCAUUCCUGCUGAUCUGGAGGCAAAAGUAAUCGAGGUCAAGCAAAAGGGGUACGUUCCAAUGUUUGUGAACGCCACUGCUGGCACCACUGUCUACGGAGCCUUUGACCCCAUCAAUGAGAUCGCAGACAUCUGUGAGAAGUAUAACAUAUGGCUUCAUGUAGAUGGUGCAUGGGGAGGAGGCUUGCUGAUGUCCAGGAAACACAGGCACAAGCUGAAUGGAGUAGAAAGGGCAAACUCAGUCACCUGGAACCCUCACAAGAUGAUGGGAGUGCCACUGCAGUGCUCUGCCAUUCUGGUCAGAGAGAGGGGACUUUUACAAGGCUGCAACUCUAUGUGUGCGGGCUACCUGUUCCAGCCAGACAAGCAGUACGAUGUCACAUAUGACACGGGGGACAAGGCCAUUCAGUGCGGACGCCAUGUUGAUAUUUUUAAGUUUUGGCUCAUGUGGAAGGCAAAGGGAACAGUAGGAUUUGAGCAGCACAUAGACAAGUGCUUGGAUCUGUCGGCUUACCUCUACGACAAAAUAAAAAACAGAGAGGGAUUUGAGAUGGUGUUCAAGUCAGAGCCGCAACACACUAAUGUCUGCUUCUGGUACAUUCCUCCGAGCCUUCGUGGCAUGCCUGAUGGGAAAGAGAAGCGCGAGAGACUGCACAAGGUGGCUCCCAAGAUCAAGGCCAUGAUGAUGGAGUCGGGCACCACUAUGGUGGGUUACCAACCACAGGGAGACAAAGUCAACUUCUUUCGUAUGGUCAUCUCGAACCCUGCAGCCACCAGGUCAGACAUCGACUUCCUGGUUGAGGAGAUUGAGCGACUGGGCCAUGAACUGUGAGAGUCUACAGCAGAUUGUAUUCUCCGACAUUAACGAGUGCUGUGCUUGGCUUUACCCUUUGUCUUUUCAACACAGUAACAUUUUUUGCCUACCAGUAUUUUCUGGCAAUGCACAAUUAACAGUAAUGUACCCCGUGUGUUUCUGUCGGUUUUGUCUUUAGCUACGUUGAUGUAUGUAUUGAAAACAUUUGCACAUCUAACAAAAAAAAAACACAGCGGCAUUCUCGUCUAUUAUGCAAAGUGGGAAUAAACCACAAUAAGGUGAAUAAAUUGAAAUGGGGUCAUUUUCGUGUAGAAAUAAUCUGUUUACAAAGAAAAUGAAAUAUUGUUAGAAAAAGAGCAUUCAGUAACACACCUAGCACAUUAAAUGAUUUUAAGACAUGAAGUUAAGACAAGAAUAAGAAGGAAUAAAAAUCUGGAGAUUUAAUCUUUUAUUGUAAUUUUUGGUAAGAAAAUCAUUGGCAAGAAAUCUAAGACAAGAUUUAAAAUUCAGACAGAAAGAAAUGAAUCCAUUAAAAUGUGUGCAAGUACACAAAAGAUGGUGUUUUAAAGCGUUUUAGAGCAGCAUCAAUGCUAAAAGUCUGGUUAUAAUCGUUUGAACAGCUAAAAACUCUGCACAUCUAGCAUUUUCUCUGGAUUUCUGGCAAACAACGUUUUGAUGGAUUUAUCCACUUAAUUUUACAUAAGCAAGAACCAUCGUAAGUUUUCAUAACUGAGGAUUCUAAUAAAAGUAUUAUUUGCAGUAGUAUUGCUAUAGAGGGGGACAGGCGUUAAAAACAGAAUUUCUCUCUGUUCUUCUUGUUCAUGUAAAAGUUAGUAUUGGCCUGACAGCACAGCUCCCUAUUGCAGGCAAAUAGAAAAGCAACACUUAACCAUUUUGUUUUGAUAAAAUGAGUGAGUACUCCUCAAUGCUGGUGUUAUUGAGGAUACUGGUUCAAUGCUGGAGGUUCAUAGCAAUCAGCGCUUAUGCGUUUUCAUCAGAAACCAGUACUGAGAGCUAAAAAUAUUACCCUGUUUUUUGCGAUCUCAGACAAGCAUUAGCUUCUAUUGUAACUGUAGGGGGUGCUGUUUCAUACAGAAUAAUCACAUACAGUCCUGAAACAUUGUUUCCCCCAUAAGAAAUUAUUUUCCUUUUUCUUACUGUUCCAUUUUUUCCUCACAGUUCAUAUAUAUUUUAAAGCAUGUCCGAUGAAAUAAUAAAAUUACAAAAAACAUGCACAGACGCCAUGACAAAAGGACCUCUUUUAACACCUCAUAUACUUUAUACUACCAGUUUUUCUAGAAUGGAAAUGCUGAGAAAAGUUCAAUUCAUUAGCAUCCAGAUGUGGAUAUGUGUAGCAAGUGAAUUAUACUGAGAAAUUCUGUAAAGCCUAUCAAUUCAGAAAGUGCUUACAUUAAAAAAAAGUUGCCUCCCCCUGUGCCUGUAAAGCAGCCACAAAGAAUGUCCCUCAAUGUGUUAUCUGUGUUAAAAAGACAAUAUUCCAAUAUAUUUUCAGACAUAGUAAAUACAAUUAUAAGAAAUCUUCACAACAUAGACAAAAGCAUAUAUAACAGAAAUGUAAAACAUGUAAUAAUUGUUAUCUGUGUUGUAUUUAUCGAGCCAGUUGGGACGUCACAACAGUUGCUGCAACCGACUGCAGUGACUUUUGUGUAGAUUUUGUUUCAUUGCCUCUGUGCCAAAUAUGUCCUAGAAUCACAACCAACAAAUUCUGUAUGUAAAUCAAAUAUUCAGUUUACUGUGUGACAGAUUAUUGGAUUUAUAUAGAGAGACUUUUAUUGUGUACAGUAUAUAUUAUCCUUUGUUUGGAAAAAACUCUGCUGUAAAACAUGUGUUGGUGUGUUUGUGAACCAAAGAAGAAUUAGGUUACAGUCAUGAAUAUUCUCACGGAAAUGGAUUUAACUUUGACUUUAGUGCAAACGUGGAACCAUGCAGUGUCGUUGGGAUUUGUUGACUGAAUGUCAUCAAGGCUCUCUGGCAGUCCGGCUGCUGCUGACAAAAAGCACAUUACAGAAUCAUGUUAAUGGGGCAGCUUUAAAUUUAGAGACAUAUGAUUGUCUGUACUAUAUAAUGUGAAGUGGAGUAUAACUAUAAUAUGCAAAAUUAUGAUGGGUUAGUGCUUUCUGUAGGCAUCAUUUUAUGUUUUAAAAAAACUCUGCGGUUGUUUAUCAUUAAGCAUUUUUGCUUGAACCAAGUAAUGUAUUUGCUACUUACUAAGACUGAGUAAACACCUGUACAUUCCUGAUUUUUGUGGGGAUGAAAUGUCCCUUGUAGUACUUAAUGUAGGCACUUUAACAUGACUAAAUAACUGCUGUAUUCACAAAACUAAUAAAGACAUGAGCUGUAGAUCAUCUGCA